CAGGAAACUCCGGAAAUCCCGAACCGGCCCGAUUCUCCAUUUUACAGUAAUAGUGAUUGUAUAAAAGGUACAAAAGGAGCCAAAAGCGAGACAGAGAAAGAAUGGGUUUAGCUUUUACACUUGUCAUAUGGUUGAUCACUGAUGGGCAGAUUGUUGCAAGCUUAUCUUUUAUUCUGUCAGCAUCGCGAGUAAAACUAGGAACUACAGGAACGUUGAAAAUGGCAUGUAAUGUUACCGAAAAUGAUGUAUCUGUGAUAUACAACAUUCAAAUACGGAGGGCAACUGGCCCAGGAUCUAACCACACAUGGGAAACCCUCGCAGAAAUUGAAGCAGGUUUAACCGAAGUUCCAGUUUUAGAUAAAGACAUUGUAAAUGACAAGGGCUUUGUUCCAAGAGGUUUACUUGAUAAAGAAACUCCAAUUAACACUUAUUUAACAUUAGAUAUGAAUAUUGAAAAACUGACAUAUAGUGACGCCGGAGACUACAGAUGUGAGCUGACCUAUAAAAGUAACAUAACUGGUAGCGUUGCCUCUGUUAAAAGAAAUGCCAGCCUUUCAGUUGUAGACACAAGGGAACGCUCAGAAUAUGUCAGCAAAACUACAUUAGUGAUUGUCACUGUUAUUCUAUUAGUGACAAAUAUCGGGACGAUAGUGUAUGCAAGGUACAAGGCAAGAGCAGGAAGAAAAGUUGAUGGGAAAUCCCCUUAUCGUACAAGAAAAAAGUUAAUUCCAUUAGUAACGUGUGUCAAAGACGAUUCCAUUCAAGAGACAGCUGAUGAAUCCCAAAGAACUUAUAACGUAGCACCUCAGAAAGACAUCGACCUGAAUUUAUGUAAUUAAGUUAGUUCUUCACGUUCGUGUCAAAAACUUUCCUACAAUGUAGAAUUUGAUUAAAUUCUGAUUUUUCAAAACUUCAGAAUCUAUUUAGAAAAUUCAGCAAAUAAAAAAGAUAGGAACGUGUGCUUGAUGUUUUGCUAGACUGAUUUGAAAAAUUAGAACAUCACGCAAGAUUUCAUAAUGGAAGUCAAUUUUCAUGACAUUUUCGCGAAUAGACGUUUUUCUACAAGGUAGAUUUUAAUGAAUCUUCUCAUAGUCGUAAAUAAACAUAUGGCCUACAUUAUGUAUAAUAUGGUGUAAUAGAAUGUAUAUGUGCUUCCUUUUGAGAUCGUUGCCCACGGUUAAAAUGAUCCGCAUAUUUUCAAGCUGGCUUUAAGCCGUUAUUUUAAAGUAUUUUACGUGUUAAGUGAAGUAAUAAUUGUGAUCGUUAGUUACACUACAGUGUAUAUUAAUUUCAUUAUUCAUGGAAAUGAUUCAGUAUGCCUAUGCAUUGAUAUAGGAAUAUCCAGUUUAGUUUAUUUAGUUUAACGUUUUUAUAGCUGAUAUUGAUAAAUGUACUUCUAGUGAAAGGUAUAAUCUAAAUGUGCGUGGAGACAACAGUGAACUAAAUAUCGUUUUAGUAUUACAUUAUUUGAACAGUUCCUCAAUCUUAGGUUAAAUAUAUCGUAUCGAGAAUUUAACAAAUAAUUAUACGAACGUAGUGACUGUUACAUAUAUCAUUUCAUGUGAACUUUAAAACUUUGUGAUCGCAGUUGCUUAUCGCUGAGAAAAAUCUUUAUAUUUUUGUCAGUAGCAAUAGUUAUAUAUGACAUCGGCAUCUUAACUUUGACAUUUAAUAUAUUUUUGAUGUUAAUUAGGUUCAUCUUGUCAUCAAUACUAAUAAUCAAAUCUGUUUAUUUACAAUUUGACUCGUACUAUCGUUCACAAUACAUUAUGUGGUGAUAUUCUGUCGGUCGUGAGGCGAACGGAUGCGGUGUCUGUGUGGUUGCUUUCAAGCUGUGUACUUUGUGAUGUCAUAUGUUCACCAGUUAGUGUUGACUGGAUAGUAAUAGGUAUUGCCCGAGUACUUGGCAAUUCCUAGCUAGCCUUGCUUAUGUCGCCUUGCUUUGCUUUUCAGUAGUGUCACUUUGCCUUGCUUAUUGCUUUGUCAUACAUUGACUCGGGUUCAUUACAUUGAAACCCAAAAUGUGUGGAAUGGGUAACUCGACGUUCAAUUGACAUUGUUGCUUAUUCGCUUUUGAAUGAUACCCAUUGCAAAGUACAAUAUAGUACAAAGUGUCUUACAUUGCUUAACCAUGCGUUACAUUAUAUUACAUUAUAUAUCAUUGCCUGAGACCCGGGCUGGGUUGGGUUCACUUUUCGAACUUCAAUAGAUUGUGCAGUUGCGUUGUUACAUUUAGUGAUGUUUGGAAGCCUUGGGUUAGUACGUCUGUUUUCCUCUUGGCCGACGGAUUUUGUUGCACGUUUAACGACUUCAUACCAGGAGACCCUUGUUUAGUCAUGGGCGGCCGAUCAACUCCCAAUAAUUGAGAGUUUGAGAUUUCAACCCUCACCUUCCCCUUCAACGUCUCUUGCGAAGUUAACGUAUGAAGUUGAAGUUCGAUUAAAAUUCCUUGAGAUUUCAAAUUUUAGAAUUAACCUUACUUCAUUUAAUCUGCCUAUUCAAUUUAUCCGUAAUUAUGAUCGUUUUUCAAUUGUCCAAAAGGGCACGGCUUUUACAAGAGGUUUUAAAAAUGAAAAUUAAAUAAAAACAUUUCAAUUAAUAUGAUUAUCGCAUGUAUAUUAGUGCGAUUACGAUAAAAAGGCGAAACAAUGUGAACAAUGUAAAAACUCGUUGGUGUUGCUCCAAACAUUUAGAUUUUAUAUAAAAUGAUGUCAGUAUACAAUGUACGAUUCUAAAUCAUACAUUAGAGGAAAUAAAAAUGACAAUCAUAUUAACGUAUUUUAUUGUUGAUGCUGUUCUUGAAAGAUGAUGCAGUAAAUAUUUUUCAAACAAAAACAUGAACACCAACUAUUUCAUGUGCAUUUGUCUAAGUACUUUGAAAUUAAAUUAAAUAUAUGCGAUAGAGCAAACGCAAAAGGCAUGACCAUAAAAUAUAAAGGACAGAUUAAUCCGUCAUGCUGUUGACUAGUAUUUUAUAGUUUUUCGUACAGACUUUUUUGACUUUGAAUUGGUACUUUGUACAUCGAAUUCCUUAAAAGACGCGUUUUACUUGUAGAAAAUCAUAAACAAUGUACUUGAUGAAAGUUUAACCUUUUAAAAGAUAUGUUGAUAACAUGAGUCAAUAUACACAAGUUAUAAAUACAUGUAACAAGCGCAUUGAAACAAAAUGUAUGACACUCUCGUGAUAUCAUACGUUUUGGCAUCAUGACACUCUGCAUGACUCUGUAUAAUGCCAAACUCUCAGACAGCACAAUAUAAUCGUGUCAAGUAACCAUGUGUCUAACAAAAUAGUCAAGAAAUGUUAGGUGGAGACGGAAAUUGUCGCACAAAAUAACAUGUGGGUAUAUACAUGUAUUUGUUUGAAUAUGCAAUUUUAAAAGUAAAGCAUGUGCAGAUCCAGGAAUUUCGGUUAGAGGGACACCAAUUGUAAAUAGAG